UUUUUGAAUAUUCUCUAGUUAGAUUGUGUUGUUCUUGCUGCCCUAAAUAAACCGAUACAAUUAUAACAUCGAUAAAUUUUUAGUAAUUGUAUUCCACAUCUACAUCUCUAAUAAGUAGCAUGCAAAAGUCAAAUCGUCGUCUCAGUGAGGAGCAGCUUCUUAAAGCUAUACAGAAGAAAAAAGAAUGUAAUGCAACAGCCCAGAAAAUAGUUGAGUCGUUGUUAGAAAGAAACAUUACAAGAGAUUAUUUCCUAGCUCAGUUGAAAGAUAUUAAUCAAUGUCAUUACGAAGACAUCGUAGAUGAACGACACAUUCUUCUAAUAUGUGGGUAUCCCUUAUGUGAGAAUCUAUUGGUAAAAGUGCCUUCAAAAAAAUAUCAAAUAUCGACGACUAUAAACAAGGUUUACGAUAUAACGGAUCGUAAAAAGUUUUGCAGCUCUCAGUGUUUCAAAGCGUCCGAGUUCAUAAAAUCACAAAUAUUAGUGAGUCCGCUUUGGUUGAGACAAAAUGAACAAAUACCGGAGUUCAAAUUGUUGGAUGAAAAAAAUACAUAACUUGGUACUUUACAUUUCAUUAGAUCGUAUAGAAAAACUUUAAUAGAAUCGGCAAAAUACAAUAUUAACUUUAAAUAUUGACAAAUAAUAUUGUAAUUUUUAAUGUAUAACGUUAACACAAUAUUUGCCUACAAUCCGUUCCUCUUCAAACGGAUUAAAUUAACUUGUAAAACUAUUUUUUUUAAAUUGUGUGAUAAAAGGCUAUUAAUAAUAAUAGAUAUAAUAUUAUGAAAUAAAAGUACGUAAUUGAUAAUACAUACUUCAGCGAUGAAUACAAAGCAUAAGAAGGUCAAGUACAAUGUAGCAACGUGUAGAAUUCAUAGUUAAAAUAGUCGUGCUUAUAAAUAAAAUUAAUAAAAAUCAAUAGAUUUA